AUGUUUGGGUCAAAUGCCAAUCUUAGCAAAGAUGAGGUCGUGCUCAUAUCCAUGGCUUCCAAAGGAGUUGCUUCUCAUCACGAGUCAGGUAUCGACGAACCCGCCCCAGAAGAUCUUGCGCGCCAGCCCUCACAUGUCUACUCCAACACCCUUGACAGUCCAAUAUGGCUGCCCCGCCGAUCAACAAGCUCAGGCGGUGUCGGCGCACGCAUUCAUCGCGGCUUAGCAAACGAGAAAGAGAUGACUCUGCUCAGCUGCUGCCGGCACUUCCCCAAGGCGAUUAUGUGGUCUUUUCUUCUCUUCCUUACCGUUGUCAUGGAGGCAUACGAUAAGUCACUUAUCUCCGGUUUCCUUGCUUUUCCGUCCUUCAGGCGUAGGUACGGUGAACCCAGGCUACCGCUUACUGACGCCGUUGGGGAGCAAGACUAUGAGAUCUCGCCCUUGUGGCAGAUGGGUCUUCAAAAUGCUGCCGUCGGUUGCGAGAUCGUAGGCCUUCUUGCCCAUGGUUAUAUCUCCUAUGCGAUUGGAUACCGCAAGAUGAUGAUCGUCGCGCUUCUGUGGAUGUGUCUUGCAGUAUUCCCGGCUGUCUUCGCACACAACAUCGCUCUAUUACUUGCCUCCCAAGCUCUCUGUGGCUUGUCGUGGGGUGUGAUUCAAACUUUAGCAGCGACCUAUGCUGCUGAAGUGGUACCCUCAGUCAUCCGUGCAGCUAUCCUCAGUAAUGUCAAUAUGUGCUGGCUUAUUGGCCAGCUCAUGGGUACUGGAAUACUGCGGGCGCUUAUCAAGAAUACGUCAGAUUGGUCGUAUCGCCUGCCAUUUGCCCUGCAAUGGGCAUGGGCGGUCCCAUUGCUGUUCCUCAUCUACUUCGCCCCUGAAAGUCCCUGGUGGUUAGUCCGACAUGAGAGACUAGCAGAAGCUCGACAUUCAUUGCAGAGACUCACGAGUAACAAACACAUCGACAUCGAGGAUACAAUCGCUAUUAUGCAGCAUAUUGAUUCAACGGAGAAGAAGCUAGGAUAUGGUGGUUCGAACUUCCUAGAUCUCUUCAGAGGUUGCAACCUCCGCAGGACCGAAGUGUGUUGCAUGACCUGGUCUUGCCAAGCUCUAUGCGGUGCUACCUUAACCGGCUAUGCCCCAUACUUUCUAGAACAAGCAGGCUUUGAAUCCUCCAAGUCAUUCACUCUAGCUACCGGAAUGUAUGGUCUCGGUAUUUUAGGCGGCAUGAUAUCGUGGAUAUUGCUUUCUACAAUCGGACGGCGAAAGCUUUACUUGGCCGGCUUGGUGUCUGCGUUGCUCAUUCUCACCACAGGCGGCACCUUGUCAAUCGUCUUGGCCGACCACUCGUCGUUGAAUUGGGCGCUCGGGUCCUUGAUUAUCCUGAUGACCUUUACCUACAAUAUGUCCAUUGGUCCGGCUUGCUAUGUCAUCGUGGCCGAGAUACCAUCAACAAGGCUUCGGAUCAAGACCAUUGCCCUCGCAAGGAUCGUUUAUAACAUGUUCACUAUCGUGAAUAACUUUGUUGCGCCUCAGCUUUUAAACCCAUCUGCAUGGGACCUGGGUGGUAAGUCUUGUCUAGUGUAUGCUGCUACAUCUUUCCUUUGUCUGAUAUGGUGCUAUUUUCGGCUUCCUGAAACAAAGAAGCUAUCGUACUUGGAAUUGGAUAUUCUUUUCGACAAGGGGGCUCCUACAGCCAAGUUCAAGGAACUACAAGAUAGACUUGCCAAUUCGGCGUACAUCUCUGUGUCAAAGGCAGAGCGGGUCAGGAAUGCUUGGCAUGGCUGGCUGGCUUAUUCCUAG